AUGGCGGCGCCCGCAGAGCGGCGCGCGGAGAAGCGGGUUCCGCGGUGCAUCAAGUGCCGCGUGGCAGACGCGGCGGCGCUGGUGAAUCAGACGGAGGCGCUGUGCGCGGCGUGUCUGCGCGGCGCGCUGCUGGGGAAGUUCAAGUCGGCCGUGAAUGGCGGCAAGCUGGUGGCCAAGGACGAUCACGUGCUGCUCGCCUUCUCCGGCGGCGCCGCCUCCAGGUGCGCGCUUGACUUUCUCCUCGCCAUACAGUCACCCCUCCUUCACUCACAAGGAGCCGCGCCGCUCGGCGCGCAAGGGGCGGCGGCGAGGGGGCGCAUUCCGUUCCGCCUCUCCGUUGCCUACGUGGACGAGCGCGUGGCGGUGGGGAAUGACCUUCUGCCACGUGGCACUGCUGACGGGCUGGCAAGCGAGCUGCGGGACAUCGUGCGCGACGCUGUGGCGGCGCACAGAGGCGCACGCGACUGCAGCGGGGGCGAUUGCGGGGAGGGGGGAGGGCGAGGGGCGGCGAGGGAGGCGGGGAUGGGGGCGGAGAGGGGGGGCGCGAACGACGUGGCAUUCCACGUGGUGCGGCUGGAAAGCGCGCUGGCGGAUGGGGAGGGUGCGCCCAUGGAGGGUGACGGGGGAGAGGGGGAGAGCAGGGCGGAGGGGCUGGCGGCACGACUGGAGGCGGUGGUGGGCGGGGCAGCGGAGGCCACGGGCAGGGAGGACGUGGUGGCGACACUGCGCAUGGACGCGCUGAUGCUGUUGGCGCAGCGGGUGCAGUGCAGCAAGGUGGUGGUGGGCAGCACGGCCACUCGCCUCGCAGCGCAUGUCAUCGCCGCCACCGCUAAGGCGCAGGGCUAUGCACUACCAGCGGACCUGGCAGUGUGGGACGCACGUCGCGGCGUGCCUGUGGUGCGGCCGCUGCGCGACUGCUCUCUGCGCGACCUCGCCCUGCUCGCGCACCUCUCCCGCCUCCGCACCGCCUCCCUCGCCACUCGUGCCUCCCUGCGGGGGGGCGCAGGGGGCGGGGCAGCCGGGGGCGCGGGGAGCAUCAAUGCGCUGGCGGCGUCGUUUCUGGAGGGGAUGCAGAGGGAGAGCAGCGGGCGCCAGUUCACCGUCACUCGCACCGCCCUCAAACUGCAACCCUUCCCCUUCAACCUCCCGCCCUCCCUCGCACUCCCUUCCCCCACGGCUGCUGACAACCCCCCUUCGCCCCUCUGCGCCAUCUGCCUCGCCCCCCUCCCCCCGCCUGCUCUCGCCCCCCCACCCCCGCCUGACCCCCCUGCGUCUGCUGUUACUUCACCAGCCGCCGCCCCUGCCCCACCCCUACACCCCCCCACUACCCCUCUGUGCUGCAGCUGCCGCUGGGGCGUGGUGGGAGCAGGGGGGCGGGUGGGGGCAAGGGCCGGGGAAGGUGGAGCAGAAACGGCAAGGGAGAACGGGGAGGGAGGACGGGGGAAGGCGGAGGAGGGAGGAAAGGUAGCAGGUGCGGGCAGAGCAGGGGGGGUGGCGGGGCUGCCAGAGGCGUUUCUGGCGCGGGGCAGGGCGGGCAGUGCCAGCUAUGCUCACUGGCUCAGGCAAUGCGAGAGGUGA